AUGGCGAAAAUGAGUGAGUUGUCUGAUGACUUGCUGGUGAUGAUAUUGUCGUUUCUUCCAACAAAAGUUGCUGUAUCCACUAGCGUUUUGUCUAAACGAUGGGAGUUUCUUUGGAUGUGUUUGCCUAAACUUGAGUAUGAUGAUAUCAAUGACAUCAAUGUUUCUGAAUUGUCUUCAUGCCAGAGGUAUCGAAAUUUUAUUGACAAGAAUCUGGCAUUAUACAGAGCUCCGAUCAUUGAAAGCUUGCGGCUCAGAUUUCUUCAUGAUGUAAUUUGCCCUGAGGAUAUCAAACGUUGGGUUGGUAUUUCAGUUUCUCGCCGUGUUCAAGAGCUAAGUAUAAUCUAUAUUACUACCUGUAAUGAACCUGUGUUAUUGCCGAAUAGUUUGUAUACCUGCAGUUCGCUUGUGGCUUUAAAUCUUAGCAGUAGGGUGAUUCUUGUGGAAGUUCCUGGUAUGGCUUAUCUCCCGUCCUUGAAAACCUUGCAAAUCAGUGAGGUGACAUACUCAACCGAAGAAUCUCUUGAGCUGCUUCUGUCUUGUUGCCCUGUUCUGGAAGAUCUGAGUAUUGAACGAUAUAAGAAUGACAAUGUGAAAGAGUUGGUUAUUAUUGUCCCGUCCUUGCAGCGUUUAACCUUAGAGAUAAGCAGUGAAUGUUUUUCUGAUGAGGUUGUGAUAGUAACUCCUUCUUUAAAAUAUUUCAAAGUUACGGAUCAAAGAGACGCUUUCUCCUACUUGAUUAAAGGUAUGCGAAAACUUGAAGAGGCAGUUAUCGAUGUUGAGCAGAAUCCGGAGAAGCUUCUCAUAUCAGUCACAUCUGUCAAACGGCUUAUAUUACGCGUACAUACCAACCAUGGCGUAGAUCCUGUGUAUCAUGCUGGUAUUGUCUUCAAGCAGCUUGAAUAUCUGAGGCUACAUAUUUGUAAUGAUGAUUGGUCGAAGUUACUUGUCCAAUUGCUCCAAGAUUCUCCUAAACUUCUAAUCCUCAAUAUCUUCAGUGAGAGAUAUCCAUGGCUUCGGGAGUGGGAACCGUGUAGCUGGAACAUUGAACAGAGCUCUGUUCCUGAAUGUUUGUUGGAGAGUCUUGAAACUUUCGAGUUUUCAGGGUACACCGGAAGACCAGAAGAGUCAGAUUUCUUUAGUUUUAUCUUAAAAAAUGCUCGUUACUUGAACUCUUUCUUAGUCUUGCGUGAAAAGAAGAUUGUUUUUAUUGAUUUUUAG